AUGGGGUACUGCUGCGUCUGCGGACUGGAUCUGAAUGGUUCUGGCGAUCCCGCCCUUGGCUUGGGUGAUGUUCAGUUCAUUAAUGGUGAUGAUGAGAUGAUUCACGACGGGGAGGCGGACGACUUCUCCCCGGAGCUGCUUGACUGGACGCAAACCGGCCACUGUGCCCUCGGCAAGGAGUCAUUCGAACUGGGUAGCAACCGGUCAGAUGUAUUUGACUGCGUGUUUACCACUUUACAAGGCGAGGAGGUGGCCAUUAAACGCCAUCUUUCCUUCAAUUCUGAAGAUGACGAAUACCUGCCAGAAGAUUAUGAUUUCCAAUGGUUUCCCGUCCAUUUCCGAUGCCUUACGCUUGUAGAAUACGUUCUAGGUAGUAGGUUACGGUUAGAGCCCAACCGACCGAUCUCAAGUUUGGCUGUCAUUCAGCGCUUCUACCAAAUUCUAUAUCUCCUCCGCAAAGACUUACGGAAAGCAAGACCUCCUCAUGGGCUCUGCUACAAGGGUGUUUUAUGGAGCCAUGGAUACUACGGGGCUCUCGGCUCUUGGUAUUACCACUAUAACUACUGGGAUUUCCUGUCUGCAGACCCUUUCAACAUUCCAAAUCUAACAGAAUACGUGCUCUCAAGCUUGAAGACCUUUGUUAUAAAGGAAUCAGAGCCUCAACUGGAAGUAGUCACACUCCCCCCAAGAUCGGACCAGGGUAUCAAACGUUCAACACUACAGAUGUUUCCAAUGGAAUUGCUCAACAGGAUAACAUCAAAUCUACCAUGCUCAUCGAUCCUCCGACUCCAUCGCACAAGCCGCAUCAUGUCCAAUCGUCUACCUGUCACCCAAAGCUUCUGGCGAGAUCAACUGCUUUCUGGAAAUUUGGUACCCUUCCUUUGGGAUCUCGAUGCUACAAAGUGUCGUGAACUACAGCGCAGCUUACGGAGGGGAUUGGGACUUGACUGGAGAACGCUAGUUCGUAACUUGAUAGAGCACCAGUUCAUCGAAUGCGCCGUGCAAAGAUUGCUCAAGGUACCCUUAAGAGGUCAUUUGGUUGCCCGCUACACAGCAUUCUGGGAACAGUUCAGCGCGAACCCUAAGAGGACGAUGACUGGGCCUGCUAAGACACCCCCAGGAUUGAUUAAUCGGAUACGGAUGAUGAAGAUCAUUAACGAUGCAAUAGAACUUGGGGAUAGUACCGCUGCAUCAAAGGUCUCAUGA